UGGUUUGUAACUAAAUUUUUUUUUUUUUUUCCCAGAUGAUUCUUUGGGACUGGGACUUAAAGCAAUGGUAUAAACCUCAUUAUCAGAAUUCUGGAGGUGGAAGUGGAGUUGAUCUUUCAGUGCUAAAUGAGGCUCGCAAUAUGGUGUCAGACCUUCUGAUUGAUCCAACCCUUCCCCCACAAGUCAUUUCUUCCCUGCGGAGUAUCAGUUCCUUGAUGGGUGCUUUCUCAGGUUCCUGUAGGCCAAGGAUUAAUCCCCUCACACCAUUUCCUGGAUUUUACCCCUGCUCGGAAGUAGAGGACCCAGCUGAGAAAGGAGAUCGAAAACUUCACAAGGUCAAGAUACAGUAAUCAGCCAGCCCUAUACUUACCACAUUUAAUAAUGUUUUCAAAUUAAAACUGCUCCUUUGUAGCAUAGAUAAAACACAAUUUCUUUUUCAAGGAUCAGCUUUUUUAUACAGUAUAUUGAGCUGUUUGGGACUUUAGAGGUAGUUAUAAAUCUCAAAUAUUUCUAAAUGAAUAUUCAGCUUUUAUUCUAAAUUAUUCUAAUCAGCAGUUAUGACUUUUUUGGUUACAACUAUUUAUCAUUGUCAUUAUUGUUUCUUAAAAAGCAGAAAAAAACCCCACACAAAUUUAAUUCCAGGCUCAUAUAACAAACUAGUAGUCAAAUCAUGUCAUUAAUUUAUUGUAUUAUUUAGGAUCCCGAAAUUGUUCUUGUUGAACCCGAAAGAAUUGAUCAUUAUAAUAUUCAUUUCUAUGAAUUACAUAACAUUAUUUUAAAUUGACUUUCACAUUUUUUUGGGUCUGUUUUUUCCCCCCUUUACCCACUAGAGACUGCUAUAACCCAAUAGACAUUGAUUUUUCCAUCAUUAGAUAUUGGAUGAAUUUUUCUUUAAAUACCAAUGCUUCAAAAUACGAUUUUCUUUAGGAAAUAAUAAGUACUAUUCUAAGGUAUACGUUAUGCUUGUUUAGAAUGCUUUCAGUGUCUUUGUUGAUAGCUAACAUCAUAAACUUUAGAAAUAAAAACAUUUUAGAGAUUGUUCUAGAUUAACUACUUUAUUCUACAGGUACACUAAUAGAGAGAAGAUAAAAUUCAAAGCAGUUAAAUUUUCAUUGUAAUAGUGUAUAUGGAGCUUAGAAAAAGUUAAAUAUGGUUUUGGAAGGAUUUUGAUAAUUAAUUUCACUGUGUUCCCAGCAUUAGGGUGUAGAAAUGUUGAAAAAUUAAGCAAGCCCAAUUAGGGCAAAAGUUUGAUAAUUACUGAUUGCAAAUCCAGAUCAGAGGUGGCUAUGUGAUGCUUUUAUUUUGUUUUGCUUAUGUGAUGCUUUUAUUUUUAAAAAAUACCUGCCUUCGUCAGAAUCCAAUUAACAAUGGUACAUAGUUACAUGACAUUCUUUUUAGCACUCUACUUAUGAGGAACAGGUUAAUCAUAAGCAUCAAAAAGUGAUAAUAAUAAAUUCAAUAAAAUAACUAUGUUAUUCUAUAGUUUUCACUUGAUAUGUUGCUAUUCCUUUAUAUUUUCCAUUGACAUUUGAUGUUUAGAAUAGUAACUUUUUUCUUUUUUUAUUGAAGUAUAGUUAACA